ACUGGUGCGGGAUCAAGGCUGGCUGGUUGACCGUAAAACCUAACAAAAGACUACUGUCACUGAGAGAGGCCCUGGAAGUUUUAAGCAGCUCCAAAGAAAGAGAAUUUCAAAGAUUAUACAAGAGAAAGGGCAGCCUUUACACUAGAUCUACAGCUAGGAGGAACUGAGCUGUAGCUGUUAGCCUUAUUGGAUACAAGAUCCAGUAACCCGAGCAGAUAUAAUUAGAGAAGUCUCAAAUUUUAGUAUUUUUAAAGCAAGCAACAUGGCAUCCUUAGUAGAAUCAGGAGCAGAGCUCCUGCCUCACUUAGACGAAGAGAAGAUGCAGUACAUGGCUUUCACUGAAGCGAUAUCAUUCGCGGAACAGUUCGAGUCCCCUCUAUACGACCUUCAUGAAGAGACGUUUCGAGAGCUCUACCUUCGCCCUUCUCCUCCACUCUCUCCCGACGACUGCGAGCCGUCUUGUAGCCAAUCACCAGUAGAAGAGACUCCAACAAACAGUCAACCGAACCAAGAACAGGCGAGAGUGCAGGACAAUAUCUCCACUGAUGCUAUGGCUGACUCGUUGAUAUCCAACAUCAUGGAGUAUGAACAGAUCAUGGAUGCGCUUCAAGAAGCCGAAUUUGCUCUUUCCUCUGGUUCGAGUCAGCCUGCUGAAGACUUACUGAUACAGGACUGCAUGUGGAGUGCUAGCAGCAGUGAUGAUAACAGAACAAACUCGGGAGGGACUGAUAAGAAUAGUACUGAUAGCUCCUCCACAUCUCCAGCAACUGGUACAGAACCUUCUUCUUCAUCUGCUGAGUGCUGUGUCGUAAAACCUUCUGCUGUCUUUCCCAACCUACAUCAUGCGGCACCACAAACUGUACGAGUACCUAACAAUACUCCUGUAGUUCUCUCCAACAGACUCCAAUCUAUACAAUCAUCAUCAGAAUCAGAGGAAGAAAUUGAUGUAGUAACGGUAGAUCACAAUCGCUCGGACUCACACGAAAGUGACGACCCACCGAAACGACAAUCCUCCAUUCUACAGACACAGCAGCAACACUCGAAACCCGUCAAACCAGUUUCAAACGUGCAGCACGGCCAAUCAAAAACAACCAAGAAGACAGCAACUCCGACAACACAGGCUCGAAGCGUCCAAUCCCCAGCAAUAGGUGGAGGAAAUAAAAGCACAGCAAGAAAGAAGAGAGCUGGGAAGAGACACUCUCGAUUAGGUUCCAAUGACGGAGGGAAUGAAAGUGAUGAGGAAGCACGAAGAGCAUCACACAACGUCUUGGAAAGAAAGAGACGGAACGAUCUUAAAAACAGUUUUGAUAUUCUACGGACUGGGAUACCCGAUUUAGAAGAAAAUAUUCGUGCACCAAAAGUUGUGAUAUUAAGAAAAGCAGUCGAGUAUAUUAAAUUCUUGCAAGUUAACGACAGAAAGAUUGAAUGUGAUUGGAGCAGAGAACAGAAACGAUACAACAAGCUCCAGGAGAAGCUCUUGCAUUUGAAGAAGAAACAGAUCGUGACCAUAUAAGAGAAUUAGAUGCUCUUCUUUUUGGAGAGGAGUUUUUGACCAAGCAAUCAAAACCUCGAAUCAAUUUUCCCAAUUGCUAUGCUUACUAGGAGUUAAUUUCAUUGUGGAUUUUCACUAACUUUUAUCUUUCUCUUUCUCUAACCUCACCACCAACACUUCCUCUUUCACUCUCCAUUCACUCUCUCUCUACUUCAGCCACCAAUCACAACAGCACCUCUAGGUAUCAAUUUAUUGUGUUCUUGCAACGUUUUAUGCUGCCACGCCCUCUCUCUCUCCACUCUCUCGUAUCACUUUUAAAGUUUUAAAAAUUUUUACGCUUGAACGGAAAGAACAAUUCCUUCACUUCGCCCUCCCCCCUCCUCUCCCACUGUUGCUGUUUCAACGUUGUAAAAAUACAUUUUAGUAACAAACAAUUAUUAACACACACACACUCCUGCCUUGUAUUAUAUUAUUAUUAUUAUUAUUUGUCUGUAACUUGUAAUUUAGACUUAAAAGUCACUUUUUGAACAUAUUUAUUCAAAUUUUACUUUAAAUUUUAAUUUU